AACAUCAACCGUGCAAGAUGGCGGCGUCAAUGCGUACGAUCGCGCGCUCUGCGAAACUUUUGCAAAAUCGAGGUUUUUCGAUGAAAUUCGGACUACGGACUUAUCUCUCUUCGGCGUACGCUUGCAAUGAAGAAUGGGCCGCACAAAAACGUAAUGAUCCUCUUCUGAAAAUCCCCGAUGCGGGGCAGUAUUUUGUUGACAUCUCGAGACGGUUUGUAGCUAAAGCGAAGGAAAACUUGGCAGUUGAUGUGGACAUAUUUGUAAACUCGGUCGAAGGCGAGGUCGUAAUGCAAGAAGUAAUAAAUCUACUUAACCGGCUGCGGCGAUCGAAGCACACGGUGCACACGUUACCGUCGACGGCAUGUGCAACUGUUCGGUAUAUGCUCUCUAUCGGCCAGGACGCGAAGUUGAUAGAAAUGCUCGAAGACCGGUUUGCUUAUGGACUAUUCCCCGACGUUCCAACUAUGAAUUUGCUGCUUGAUCACUUUCUGAUGAAAAAGGGAAAAGAGCGUGAGGCCGCCAAGGUUGCGACUGAGAUGAUGCUACAAGAAAAUCCUGGAAAUGAAAUUACAAGAGUGCUUAGCCUUCUAGCAUGCAUUAAAUAUUUAUCCACCGGAACAAAGGCUUCGCCAUGGAUAAAUGCACCGCCGACUCCUGAAAAAUCGAAUGAAGACGAUGAGAUAGAGUAUGUAAGAGUACCCAAUCUGACGAACUUCUUUUUUGACGAUCAUUUCGAUCUAACGGAUCCUGAUCUUGUGAUUGGAAAAACUCUGUUACACUUUAACAAAGGGCGCCAACCAGGUCUCGUCAAAGACUCGGUACAUCUUGUAGGGCUAGCGAGAAAAGGCCAAUGGGAGCGGAUGAAAAAGGAUAUAUCCAGUGUUAAAGAAAUCUGUAGUGAUGCCAAGGAGCUUUGCCUUCAACGACUGACGGAAUUUACUGAGACGGAAGGUGCCGAAAAGUUUGAUCCUAAAGCAAUCAUUGGUAUGACAAGUCCAGAUAUUAGUGGCCUGCUUGCAUCCGCGCAGAGGGUCUCCGUGCCCGACUGGUUUGCACCACAACUGGAAAAGAUCAAGGUGAAUGAUGCUAGCUUGAUCUCCCUAUUGGAAGCUGAGGCCAACAACCUUUCGCCGCACGAGGAGUUGGAUAUAAAGAGACAGAAUGCGUUAUUUGCUCAAUGGGUGAAAGAUCGAAAGGCGGCAAUUGAUGAACAGCGUGCCGCUAUAGACCGGGUGCGACGCAUUGAGAUACUUCGCGCAAAAAAAAAGGAGCUUGUUGAAAAAGAGGAGCUUUAUUACGCUUUUGAGAAUUGGAACAAAAUCGAAAUGUUACUUGAGGAAAUCAACAAGAACUUUGUCAAAGAAGAAAAGGUUGAAGAGUAUGUUCCACCAGAGGUCAAAAAACGAAAACAGCUCACAAAGUCGGAACCAGCCAAGGUCGCUACAUAAACAUUGUGCGACGUGCAUCCAAUAUCAAUCUUAACAGCGCUCCGUUAGGAGCAAAUUCGUUUGAAGACGUCUAUCGUGGUGGCCAGCUUCUCAGGUCAUAUUUGGCGGUCGCCGAAAAACAUGCUAAACGCAUAUAGGCUGGGAUUUUAGAAUAGCAGGUAAAAAUCGCAAGAUGGAAAAGGUAAUCACGUGAUGAAGACGAUCGAAUUCAAGUGGCAAACGGAACGCUUUGGCGGCGCACAGGCGAAAACAUCAAAGUCGUACGCUAGGCUAAAAUCAAACGAGAAAGUUCGAGGAGUCGUAGAAAAGGGUGUAAAUAUAAUUGUAAUAUGUAAUAACGAACUUGUGAGUCGCUGUCUUUUAUGAAGGAUAUUACGUAUCGGCGAAUCAAUCGACCCUGUUUGGCACUAUCACUUUCGUGGAAAAUAUGUGUGAUUUUUAUUGAUACGUUUCGUGCUUCAUUAAGACGCUGUUACGUCAUAUACAUGCUAUUACGUGUAGCUCAUUUAAAACAUCUCAAUCCGCAAGCUGUUUGCCGUAGAUACUCGAAGGGUUUUAAGGGGCUCCACUACUGUCAGGUAGCACUGGUUGAAAUUCCACAUAACUUUGGCAAAAACCUAAAAGUGAAACUCGGUAUCUAUAAACGAGAUUUAAACAUUACUACACAUAAAAAAUAUUCGUAGAUAUACGUGUAAUAAAACCCAAUAAAACCGGGCGUUUUAGAAAAAAUUGCA